ACCGAAAGUACCUACCUAUCCUAAUAGAAGCUACCUACUGUUUAUUAAUAUUUUUUGCGAAAUGUUUUAAUCCGAAUUAUAAUGUUGUUUGAAAAUACAUCUCAGAAAAUAAAUAUUAGAUAAUCUUUUAGAAUUUCAACUCACAUAAUGUUUCGACGUAUAAUUUUCUUAUUUUUGUUCUUCAAAAUGUCGCUAUGUUUUUCCGACAUCGGAAAGUGGAUUCUGCCGCUAAGCGGGGAUAACUGCAAAUUUCAAUUAGCGAAAUCUCUUUUUAAGGAUUCAAAACUCAUUGUAAUAUUAAAGUGUGAUGUAGUGCAACCAACCAACGUUACUGUUGCAUAUGAGUGGUCGCCGACACCAUGUUCUCCAGACUACUUUCAUUAUUCUGAACAGCAAGUAAUCGAAUGUUCACAUAGAACACAACGAUCAGCUCCAGGCGAAAACAAUGCUACAGUGCAUCAAGUAUUAAGUAAAAAAGACAUAUACACAUGUCAUGGGAAGGAAGCGAUUAUAAUGCACGACGAUAAGGUUAAGUUAUCAGACGAUGCGGCAAAGAAUACUGCCAUAGUCACACAAUCAAAAGUGACUCCCCUUGUGGUUGUUGAGAGAGAAGGUGUAUAUGAACUAUUAAUGUCGGUAUGGAGUGAAACGAAGUUCAAUUUGACAGUCAGUGUCGAGAUGGUGGCGCCGUCCGGGUACUUGUCUGCUGCUAUGUGGCCUCUCCUGCCGUUCUUCGGCGUGAUGUGCGGCGUGUACAGCGUGGCGAGCGGCGGCUGGCUGCUGGUGUGCUGGCUGCAGUGGCGCGACCUGCUGCGCAUCCAGUACUGGAUCGGGGCCGUCGCGCUCCUCGGCAUGCUCGAGAGCGCCACAUACUACGCCGUAUACGCAGCCAUCAACCGCACAGGAUUCUUCAACCUGGAAGCGUACAUGUUUGCGGAGAUGUUAUCUGUUGCCAAGAGGGCACUCGCUCGAAUGCUAGUCAUUAUUGUAUCGCUUGGAUUCGGUAUAGUAAAGCCGCGGCUGGGCCCGGCGCUGCAGCGCGUGGUGGGCGCGGGCGCGCUGUGGGCGGCGCUGGCGGCGCUCAACUGCUGGCUGCGCGUGCGGCGGCGGCCGGCCGGCCGCGCGCUGCUGCUGUCGGAGGCGCCGCUGUCGCUGCUCGACAGCGCGCUGUGCUGGUGGGUGUUCGUCGCGCUCGCCCACACCAUGCGCACGCUGCAGCUGCGCAGAAACACAAUCAAGCUAUCCCUGUACAGACACUUCACGAACACUCUUAUAUUCGCCGUGAUAUCGUCAGUCGUAUUUAUGUUAUACUCUAUAAAAUCCUACAGGGUGCUACCAUGUAUCACGGAGUGGAAAGAGGUGUGGAUGGAUGAAGCAUAUUGGCACAUACUGUUUGCCAGCGUGCUCAUAGUCAUUAUGAUACUGUGGAGACCGACCAACAACAAUCAGCGGUAUGCUUUCACGCCGCUUCUAGACAACGCCGACGACGAAGAUGAAGAGGAAGAACAAUUUGUGAAUGACGCAUAUGGAGUAAAAAUGCGGGGCAGUAGCAUCAAUGUUGAUCCCCAAGAAACAAGGGAUCCUGUCAAGCCGGACCCCAACAGUAACUCGCUAGACUCCGAUCUCCGCUGGGUGGAAGAGAAUAUACCGACCAGCACGUUACCACUGUUAGAUUCCGACGAGGAAAUCAUAAACACAAAGUUCGAGGUGUCGAAGAUGCAAUAGUUACUUAAUAGUAUUAUUAUUAUUGUUGUUGUGUAUAAAGUAUGUACGUCAUGUGAUUUUGUGUUUUAAUUUUGUACUAGUCGUAGUUACCUGCGAUUUCGCCAAUAUUUUUAAUCUCCAUAAUUUACGAUAAUAAACGACACAAAUAAAUAAAUAAUUUU